AUGGCUUCUGAUCUCAACUCCGAUCUCUCGAGGAAAGCUGGCCUACUCAGCCUUAAGGUCUGGGAAGUCAUUGGCAUAAUAGUCGGCUUAUUGAUCGUGCUCGUCCUCUUUCUCCUAAUAUUUUAUUUAAUUUCAAGAAAAAAACUGAGGGGAGCUCAAGCUCAAGAAAAGCUCCCCCUCAGCCAAAUACCGACGGUCUCGAAAGAAAUCAAAGAGGUUCGGGUCGAGCACGUGUCGGCUGAUGAAUUCACACCCGGCGAAGGAAUUCUUUUGACGAUCCACGACAAGUUGAGCGACAAGGAUUCGGACAAGGUGUUGGUUCACCUUGGGAUGCCAAAGGGUAAAAAUGGUGAUAAAACUAAUAGUAGCCGUUCGGGCUCUUUUCACAAUGUGGAUAGAGAUUGUUUCGGGUCGGACGAGGGGAGUUCUGGCGCCUUCAACAAGGCUUCGUGUUCUCACCCCAUCACGGCCCCCUCGCCCUUGAGUGGGCUGCCCGAGUUCUCUCAUUUGGGUUGGGGUCACUGGUUUACUUUGAGGGAUCUUGAAUUGGCCACGAAUAGGUUCUCGAAGGAGCAUGUUAUCGGGGAGGGGGGUUAUGGGGUCGUUUACAGAGGGCAGCUUAUUAAUGGGACUCCUGUGGCUGUUAAGAAACUGCUCAACAAUUUGGGUCAAGCGGAAAAGGAAUUCAGAGUGGAGGUGGAGGCUAUUGGCCACGUGCGCCACAAGAAUUUGGUUCGGCUUCUGGGUUACUGCAUUGAAGGAACUCAUAGGAUGCUAGUUUACGAGUAUGUCAAUAACGGCAAUUUAGAGCAGUGGCUUCACGGUGGGAUGCGUCACCAUGGUUUUCUCACUUGGGAAGCCAGGAUGAAAGUUCUACUUGGCACAGCUAAGGCGCUCGCUUACUUGCACGAGGCGAUUGAACCAAAAGUGGUUCACAGGGACAUAAAGUCUAGCAACAUAUUAAUCGAUGAAGAGUUCAAUGCUAAGGUCUCUGACUUUGGCCUGGCUAAGCUGCUCGGUGCUGGAAAAACUCAUAUCACCACUCGAGUCAUGGGUACUUUUGGAUAUGUGGCUCCUGAAUAUGCUAAUACUGGACUUUUAAAUGAAAAGAGUGAUGUGUAUAGCUUUGGGGUUCUGUUGUUGGAAGCAAUUACGGGAAGGGAUCCUGUAGACUACGCCCGUCCUGCUCCAGAGGUUAAUCUGGUCGACUGGCUGAAAAUGAUGGUCGGGAACAGGCGGUCAGAGGAGGUCGUGGACCCAAAUAUCGACACUAGGCCGUCGAUCAGAGCCCUCAAAAGGGCCCUGUUGACUGCUUUGAGAUGCGUUGACCCAGAUUCGGACAAGCGCCCAAGGAUGAGCCAGGUUGUCAGAAUGCUGGAGUCUGAAGAAUAUCCCAUACCUAGAGAGGACCGGAGGCACAGAAAAACCCGAGCAAGCAGCAUCGAGAUUGAUAUUCAUCGCGAAAACUAUGAUACCGAUAAAAGCGAAGGCCUGGAUAUAAGGCCAGAAAAUAAAAGAAAUUCUUGA